AUGGCGAUUGCCUGCGGCAAGAGGAGGACAUCGGUCUGCAUGAAAGUGGCACGUCAAAAUCUGCGCAAGUUCUUGGCGCUCCGUGUGAUGUUCCGAUUUCGAACCGCAGGAAAAGGGGCCAGAGCCCGCCAGCUUGACGGAGCGGAGUGCAUAACAGCCUGCCUUCACGUGCAUGAUAAAGCCCACAUGCUGCAGCCGUCUCAGACGCACCCCAUGCCAGGUCUGCCUCGCAUCAUCGCGAAGCGCAAAGAGAGACACAGCCACCCACCACCGUACGUAUUCGUACCACGAUGCAGCCCUCGCCUGAAAGCCGACAAGAACAGGGCUGAACACAUCAAGCUUCGACUUGGCUUGCGUCUCGGUCCAGAGUUUAACGAUGUUCGGCAAAGAAAGAUUGCUAUCGCUGUAUCGCCAGAAGUUCCUACUCGACUAUGUGAAAGCUGA